ACAAGUGGUUGUUGAAGAUUGCUGGGCCAGGUGCAUAGCUGUUGUGUCUCAGUCUCAACACGGUUUGGUGACUUCAGUGCUCUGUGCACGAACCGAUCCCCUGCCCAAGUCACCCAGGCGCUAUUGACAGCUUUCUCAUGGCGUUUGUCACUCAGAGAGCUCGUGAGAGUUGCAGAGUGUUCAUUUGAAAUGCUCACAAAUACAAACGCAAGCACUGCGCUUGGACUGAUACAGUCCAAUUUGCAGUCUUCUUGCCAAAUAAAUGCAGUAAAUCCGGAUAAUGUGAUUACUCGGGGCGAUAUCAGACGAGUGCUUAUACAGCUUUUGAACUCACUGCUUGCACUGAUGCAUUGUUUAUAGACAAUGCGUGCAUUUAUCUCCAAAUAUGGCGUUUAAAAAAAAUCGUUAUUUGUUUUAACAUUCAGCAGAAAUUCGGGCGAGUUGUUAUGAAGAGAUGCAAUUACAGAGAGAGAGAGAAGAAGAAGAAGGGAUCCCCCACGUACAAUCCCCCAAUAAAAUCGCCGAUCCGCGGAAGCGUUGUCACAUCCUCGCCGUCGCCCGUGUCACCUAACCACUCACCGAGAUUCACGCAGCAGCAGCAGCACGCUUUCAUUACAACCUCCCCAGAUCCGGCCCUCCCCCACCCCCUGCCACUACCUUCCCGAAUCGGUCAUUAACAGCCCAGAGACCUCUCAUCACGAGCAUCUCCCCCCCCACCACCCCACUUCGAGGCCGUGCCAAUCCUCGCCCCCCCUCCCUACGCCACGCCGAGCGAGAGCCGAAGAAUUAGGUACCUUAUAUAAGUGCCGCGGCUCGUGCGCCUUCAAACCGGCUCGCGCGCACCGCGUAUAUAUACACACACACACAAGACGCGCGCAUCGCAUCGCGAGAGGCCGCCGGGGGGAUAUACCCGUGUAAGUCCCCCCCCCGCUCUGGGUCAAGCGUGCGCCGAGUUGAGGAAGCGAAUCCCGGCCGCAGCUGCCGACGCUUCAAACGGCAGCUCAGAUCCUUCAAGUGAAAAAGUCAAGAUGAACAUCUUCACCAUGAAACUAAAUUCAAAAGUGGUGGUGGAUAUUCCAAAAUCCUCAGGGGAAAUACUUCUUCCAAAGAAGUUGUAGAGAGCAUUCGAGAAAGUCGCAGUAUGCACAAGAACAACGGAAGAAAGUCUGAAACAUAUCUACAAAAUAAAUUAUUUAACAGAUAAAAAGACUUCUCAAAGCAUUUUUGCGGGAGAAAAUAUUUUUCUAAUGGUGUUCAAAAACAUUUCCAACAUAGACACGCAGCUCGAAUACAUUUUCAACAGCUUUGAAUUUCACGUGAUUAGUUUCAAGCAUUCCCAUAAAGUUUGGAAGAAAAGUAAAUAUCACGUUCUGUGCCAAAAGAUCCAGAGGACAUUUAAAAAAAAAGCGCCAGUAAGCUUCUAGCACGAGUGAACGUCUUCAACGAAUUGCAAAGGGGCUUUGAUGAAUCCUUACGAAGCGUACACAUGGACUUCCACAGCCACCUUCCAUUGAUGACGUUUCAGUUUCUCCACCAUGCGUCACCGAUAGAGCCGCUUGUCCGUGGUUCCUUGGUGUUUUGCGAGCAGUGACCGCCUGUGACAACUCGUCCCUUCCCACCCUCGCCGGGGCAGGCCCGGGCACUGAGCAUCAUUCUCCCUUUGGGUUUAAUGUUUGGCGUGGACGAUGGCGUAACGGACGGCAGGAACGAUGUCAUGGCCAAACGGAGGAAGGGAAGUCAUCAAGAGGGCCCGGGAGGCUUAGAUGAAACGGGACGCAGAGAUGAGAGAACCAGAGCGAAACGCGCUCAGCGGAUCCGUUCGGAGAAGAAGCGGCGGAAGCAGUUCAACGAACUCAUCAGCGAGUUGGGGGCGCUGCUGCCCGAUGGCCAGUCCCGAAUGGACAAGCCCACGGUCCUGCAGCGGACGCUGCACUUCUUUAGCAGCCACCACGAGCUGAACGUGGAACAGGAGACCAACGAGCCUCCUCCGCCGUGGAAGCCAGCUUUUCUCAGCAACGACAACUUCACGCAGCUCAUUCUCGAGGCCAUGGACUGCUUCGUAAUUGUCGUGAUGAGCAGUGGCGAGAUCUCGUUCGUGUCCGAGAGCGUCACGUCGCUCCUCGGUUACCUGCCAAGUGAGCUCCUCAGACAGAACCUCUUCGAUUUCGUGCCGGAGCACGAACAAGCGGAGCUGCGCUGCCUUUUCCAGGCUGACCUGAGCCAGGUGCAGGAGGGACCCCCCGAAGCCCCGCAAGCGGGCGCGCCGAAUGAGCGGCACUUCGAGUUGUGCUGCCACCUGCAGCGCGGAGAGGCACUCGCGCACUUCGCUGCGGGACAGACGCCGCCGCCGCUGCCGCCGCCGGCGGUGGCGGCGUCGUCGCGCCCCGCCGAGGAGGCGCCGACUUACGAGCGAGUGAAGCUCAGCGGCUUCCUGCGCCUGCACCUGCACGACGAGCAGGCGGAGGUGGCGGCGGGGCCUUGCCUGUCGGAGGAGCCUUCGGGGACAGAGGAGCCAGCGACCACCCCGGGGGUGCCAGGGGGUCCGCCGCGUCCGCCUCCCUGCCUCGUCGCCUCGGUCCACCUCCUCACGUCGCAGUUCAUCAAGGAGCUGUCCUCACUGGAGGAAGCUGGCGCCGAGUUCACAUCCAGACACAGCCUGGAGUGGAAGUUCCUCUUCUUGGAUCACAGGGCACCGCCCAUCAUCGGCUACAUGCCCUUCGAGGUCCUGGGAACGUCCGGCUACGACUACUACCACGUGGACGACCUGGAGAGCAUCACGCAGUGCCACAGGGACUUGAAGCAGUCUGGGAAGGGAAAGUCCUGCCACUACCGCUUUCUGACCAAAGGGCAGCAGUGGAUCUGGCUGCAGACCAAGUACUUCAUCUCGUUCCACCAGUGGAACUCCAAGCCAGAGUUUGUGGUCUGCACGCACACCGUACUCAGCAGCUAUUCUGAAGUGUUGGCCACGAGGAGGAAUGUUCUGGAAUUUGGGGAAUUCUCAAGCGAGCUGCUCUCACCAGAGGCAGCAGAAGUGAACCCUGGGAUGUGCAGCUCUAAAGCCGUGGAGACACCAACAAGGGACUCAGGUCAGGGGCACUUAUCGGCACAGGCCAGGCCCUUACCUGGACCAUCCAGGUCUUCCCUGCAACGAGAGACCAAGUCGAAACCCCGGUCCAAGAAGAGAGCUAAGAAAUCUUCCAUCACCGGCGGUCGCAGGGACUCAUCCGCUGAGACUCCAUCCACCAUUCAUGGAUCGCAGUUGCAACAGGAGACGGCACAACCGGUGACGGCCCAACAGGUUGCAGCACAGCAGGCGGUACAGGGAUGGACAGCGAAAGAGCAGCCCCCAGCCAUGGACAGCACCGUCUCGUGCGCCAUGGCCUCCCGCUUCCACUGUGGCGGUGAUGCCGGUGCACUCAGGACAGCGGGUGUCGGCCUUGAGCCGUCAUUGCAAGCUCAGAGCAUUGCCGUGAGCCAACCCACGGGCAUGAGUCUUUCCCUGAACCAGUUAAUGAGCCAACAACCGUCAAGCCAACCGGCGAGCCAGGCGGUCGUUCAGAACGUCGGCCAGCCGAUUGGCCAGACCGUGCAUCAGCAGCACAUCGGCCCACCCUGGCAACAGCAGCUCGUCGUGAGCCCCAACAUCGGCCAGCCGGGCAGGCAGGCUCUUGGCCAGAGCUCGAGCCAGACCGUCGACCAGAGGCUUGGCCAGGUGCACUGUAACCCUCUGAGCCAGCCGCCAGCUCAGCACCUGCUCGCAAGGCAGCCCCUGGGAGCGUCGCUCGCUGUGAGCCAGACGCCAAUGCUUCAGGAGCUGCUUAUCCCGAGCACCGGCGCUUUGACCGCUGCGGGCGGGAGCACAGCGACCUCAUCCUGGAUGCUCGACCUGGCCUCGCUGCAGGCAGCAGAGAGCCUGGACACCUGCGUGGGCACAAGCGACGCAUCGCAUGCAUCACACGGGGUGGCACAGCAGCAGAGCGCCAUGCAGAGACUGAAGGAGCAGCUGGAGCAGAGGACGCACGUGCUGCAGACGGUGAUCCUGCAGCAGCAGGAGGAGCUCCGCCACAUCCAGCAGCAGCUUGCCAUGGCUUUGUCGGAGCAGUCGACCUCUCGAGCGCCGCCUGUGGCGGACAACCCAGCGCUGGGAGCCCGGAGGUCGUCGGCGAUGUUGCUCCCUCACCCCACCACCCCCGACUCUCCGGGAGUCCGUGGCCCGGGUCUGCCCGCGGUGGAGUGCAGCACCACGCAGCCGCAGUGGCACAUGCAUGGACAGCCCCAUCAGGUGGUGACCACGUUAAGUGGUACUCCCAUCCUGGUUUCAGCUUCCAUUAUGAUGCCGUCCUUCACAACCUUUAGUCAACAACCGUUGAUGCAGCAGCAUCACCAGCAUCACCAGCAUCAGCAGCACCAGCAGCACCAGCAUCAGCAGCACCAGCAUCAGCAGCACCAGCAGCACCAGCAUCAGCAGCAUCAGCAGCAACAGCAUCAGCAGCAACAGCAUCAACAGCACCAAAUAAUUGACCAACAGUCACAAGCGCAGCAGAGCUGUGCUCAAAACAAGGGACAGCACUUGAGGGUGCAGGCCCAACGGAGAGCAGAAGGGCACCUGCAGCCGACACUGCUGAUGCCGACCAUGCUGCAGAUACAACAGCAGCAGCAACAGCAGCAUCAACAGCAGCAACAGCAGCAUCAACAACAGCAUCAACAACACCAGCAGCACCAGCAGCAUCAACAGCAGCACCAACAGCACCAACAGCAGCAGCAACAGCAGCAACAACGGCAGCAGUGCAGGCGAUCAUCCUCAGAGAAGCACCAGUCCCCAUCGCCACGGCAUCAGCAGCAGCACCAGCAAGAGCACACAUUGCGCUCUCCAAAUGUGCAGUAUCACCGUUCUAUGAGCGCGGAGCCGCAACAGAGAAGUCAUCAGCAGCAUCAGCAACCACAGCAGCAGCAGCAGCAAUUGCUAUCUCAAGAGAGGCUGUUGUGGAUGGCGAGUGGACAGCAGGAUUCCCAGGGCUAUCUGCACGCCACGUACCACGCGCCCCAUGCGGUGGGCGGUGUGGCUGGGAGGCAGCGCCUGUUGCACGCGAGGUCGAGCGGGCGGCAGCAGCCACAGCCGCCUGUCGACCGCGUGCAGCGACAGCAUCCCGCGGUGCAAACACAGCAACAGCAGCAGCAGCAACAGCAGCAGCAGCAACAGAGCCCCAGGUGACGCCCCUGCACAGAUUGGCUGUCGCUUAGCCGGUGGGCCAGAAAUGUAUAAGCUUGAAGUUGCCCCCAACCACACAAAUAAGAGCUGUGCACGUCGUUUGGCAGCGGGGGGAGGCUUUUGUGACCAAGCCUCGAGGCGCGAGCGCAUUGUGCAGGAAGCAAGGAUCUGUUGAAGGUGGAUUCCCAGAAGUGGGGGUAACCCUGGAUGUUUUAAUCGCAAGGCCUGUUCCAUGUCCUUCCUAAAAACACAGCACUUCUCGCAGAACUGUGCUUCUCAGCUUGUGACCAGCACUGUGCUGACAAAUUUGUGGAACUUAUUAGAGUGCCUUGCACUAAGCACCCAUCACCACUUGUUCAGCCACCUGUGAUUUAGAUUUUAUGUUAAUUAUUCUGGCAUCUUACCCAAAGUGCAGUUUUGCAUCAGCCCGAAUGUGCUUUUAGCUACCAAGAUUUUGACAAGCUUACGCUUCGUGGUGCUACGCAUCGUGGUCCUACCAUGCGGGCGGCAAGUAUAAUGCAUUGUGGGUAAUUGACUCUGCAAUCCCACAAUCCCCUGUUACAUGUAUGUGCAUGCAGGUGUAGAUCAGGCACGUACCAUGGCUGCACACCUGGCAUCCUGACGUUGCCAGCAGUGAGACAAAUUAAAAUCGAUUUAUAUCGACUGAGUGUUUGCCAACAGUAAAUGAAGGCUAACAUAAAAUGUUACGUAACUAUUUGCAGUAUACAUAUAUAUUUUUAAAAGAAAAUCACUCUUUUCAUUUUCAGAACACAGGUAUACUUAAUCCUUACCUAUAACUAGCACACAAUCCCCUGCACACCUUAAGGGCAUGAUUCUCCAGGGCAUGUUUAGGGCAGUCGUCACCAGCAACACAUUUAUAAUGAGCAACUAUGUCAACUUGUUGUGUCAAUAGCAAACAGUGGAGUUCUGUCCAAGGCUGCUUAUGCCUCUUCAUUACUCACGCCAAACCGUGAGUCAAGUUGGCGCAUUAGCAGCCUUACAGCGGCCACGGGUGUGCAGCGGGGAGCGAAUCCCGUUCCUGUCGGCCAAUGAAAAGAGCGUUUGUUGAAAUGUGUGUUUGAUUGUUUGUGGAGUACACGGCAUCAGAUAGACAUGUGACCGCUGUCUGUUAUCUCAUUUGCCCACGAUAUGGAUCGAUGGUCAGAUUUGUCGAUUUGGAAACGUUUUUUUUUUGCAGAGAGAAUGGCGCGGAUAAACCAGUGAUGACAAUGAAAGGCAACACUCGACAUACAAUUACCCAUCAUGGCCUUUAUAAGUGUUGUUUAUGGUGUUAAAUGUAUGUGCAUGCAGGUGUAGAUCAGCCACGUACCAUGUCUGUACACCUGGCAUCCUGACGUUGCCAGCAAAGUGAGACAAAUUAAAAUCGAUUUAUAUCGACUGAGUGUUUGCCAACAGUAAAUGAAGGCUAACAUAAAAUGUUAAGUAACUAUUUGCAAUAUACAUAUAUAUUUUAAAAGAAAAUCACUCUUUUCAUUUUCAGAACACAGGUAUACUUAAUCCUUACCUAUAACUAGCAUGGUGUGCGAAUGUAGGGCGACUUUGUAAACAAGACACGAGUGCACUGGACCGGUUUAAUGGGCAACACUAAAAUUCUUCUCCAAUUCACCAUUGUGCAACAAUUUCAAUUGUUACCGAUUCACGUAAAAAUGUUCUAUUUACUUUUGUAGGUCACGAUAUUAACAUCACAGUGACUAUGGUGAAAGGGUGCUUGCAUAUCUAUCAUGAAUGCGACUUGCUUUGUGUGCUGUUUGUUAACUUCAAUGCCAGUAUUACUGCCAGGGUAUUUCCGUUCCGUAUGUUCAUAUUGUGUUCGUUUACACCCACACUAACAGGACAUUGUCAGUCUCAAAGCAGAAAAUCUCAGUCUACAUGGUCGGACGAGUGGUGGCUGAUGACCGCUCAGUUUGGCAGUCCGUGAGCCUGUGGUUAAAAUUCCAUAUUAUUAUUAUGGCGGGGGGCAGUUCAUUCUGAACACAAUCACAGUUAACUUCCUAAUGAGUGGCACUCGCAAGGAAGAGCGAUGGCUUAUUUUGACUGAUUCUGGACCAACAAUUCCUUUCCAUAUAAUCUUCACGAUAACAGAAACAUUAACGAAAUUAAGGAAUGGCAUCGGUUCAUUCCACUUACAUUUAUAGCAGGAAACAGAAGGGAAUUUUGGCGUAGAUGAAUAAUUAUAGUGCAAAUUAUGCUCGAGUAAUUGACAUUUAGAGAGGCCAGUCAUUUUGUACUGUGAACAUGAUGCGAUUUGCCAGGAAGGCGUGUGACCUUUAAACCCUGAGUAAACCAGGCUGGGGCAGCUAAUGUCUCUUUAAGGAAAAUGUAUUUAUGCAUCGAGCCAUUGUUACACAAGCGAGGCUUGGCUAGUCCAGUAGAGCUUUAAGAUAACAUUCUGAACAUGUGUCUGCGUUUGUAUAUGUAUAUGUAGUUUUGUUCUUUUACAUACAAAAAUGUGUCCAAAUGGAUUCUAUAAACAUAUAUAUA